AUGGACCCCAACAACAAUCGGUACAACAUGAAUUACGGCUACAAUGACCGCAACUACAAUGCGGCCAACAACCGCGCCUAUCCCACCACCCCCUCCGCAUUCCCGCAGCCCAUCUAUCAGACUCAGGGGGCUCAGGAUUAUGUCGAUCCGUCCAACCCGGCCUACUCCCCUGGGUACUUCGUGCCCCAUCCGUACUCGCCCCAGGCGCAGUAUGCUCAGCAGCAACAGUAUGCGCAGCAGCAGGCCUUGCAAUCGCCCCAGCCUGCCUACCAAAACCGCGUGGGCUACGCCAACGACGGCACCAACGGUUUGAUCCAGCAAUUUUCCAACCAGGACCUCAAUGCGAGUCGCGGGGGAUUUUUUGGUCGGGCGAAUUCCCCGGCUCAGCGGCCUCGCACGGCUGGUGGCUCGCCCGCUCAAGGACAAGCCCAGGCGGCACACUUGGCUCCUCCGGUACCGCGCAGCCCUCGCCCCCCGUCGGAGAAUGAGGAGCUUCAGCGACUCCCUGACCGCUACUCGGAGAACGUGCACAAGCGAGGCAAGGCGGCAAAGGAACUCGUAACGGUUUUCUUCCACGAGAACAUCGAGCGGGCUCGUGAUCGCAACAUGCGAUCCGUGGAUCUUGAUAAGACGCUGCGGGAGCCGAGUGUUUCUCUGGACAAAAAGCAUCGUGAUGCCGAUGCGAUCGCAAAAAGGGAGUCAGAUUUCCUUCGAUUCCUCCGGACCAAAGAGACCCCGCAAAACUUCCAGACAAUCAAGAUUAUCGGAAAGGGUGCUUUUGGUGAGGUCAAGCUCGUGCAACGCAAGACUGAUGGCAAGAUCUACGCCCUCAAGUCUCUAAUCAAGACGGAGAUGUUCAAGAAGGACCAGCUGGCCCACGUCCGUGCCGAAAGAGAUAUUUUGGCGGAUUCCAAGGACAACCCAUGGCUGGUGAAGUUGCACGCUUCGUUCCAGGACACUGCGUACCUUUACCUGCUGAUGGAGUUUUUGCCUGGUGGCGACCUGAUGACCAUGCUGAUCAAGUAUGAAAUCUUCUCCGAGGACAUUACGCGCUUUUACAUGGCCGAGGUGGUGAUGGCAAUAGAGGCUGUCCACAAGCUUGGCUUCCUGCAUCGGGACAUCAAACCUGAUAAUAUUCUCCUUGACCGCGGUGGCCAUGUCAAGCUCACUGACUUCGGUCUGUCGACCGGAGGCAAGAAGACCCACGACAACGCGUAUUACCAGAACCUCCUUAAGAACUCGACGUCAAAGGACCGAAAUCGCAACUCGGGGUACUUCAACGAUGCCAUCAACUUGACUGUGUCGAACCGUGGGCAGAUCAAUACGUGGAGGAAGUCUCGCCGCGCCAUGGCGUACUCGACCGUCGGUACUCCUGAUUACAUUGCGCCUGAGAUCUUCAAUGGCCAAGGGUAUACCUACUUGUGCGAUUGGUGGUCUGUGGGUGCCAUCAUGUUCGAAUGUCUCGUGGGCUGGCCUCCAUUCUGUGCCGAGGAUACUACCGACACUUACCGGAAGAUUGUGAACUGGCGAGACUGCCUGUACUUCCCUGAUGAGCUCAUCCUCUCGCGUGAAUCCGAGUCGCUGAUCCGGAGUUUCCUCUGCGACCCGGAGCACCGUAUCGGCAGCGAUGGAGGUCAGCAUGGUGGUGCGACGCAGAUCAAGAACCACCCGUUCUUCCGCGGCGUGGUGUGGGAGCAGUUGCGGAACAUUCGUGCGCCCUUCGAACCGCGUCUCAGCUCGAACAUUGAUGUGUCGUACUUCCCUAUCGACGAGAUCCCUCAGGAAGACACCAGCGCCAUUCACCGUGCCCAGGCCCGUGCCAUGCCAGAUGCCCAGGAAGCCGAGAUGAGCCUGCCUUUCAUCGGAUACACCUACAAGGCUUUCAAUGCCUUCCAGGGCAGUUAA